AUGUCCUCCCAAUUUUUACAGACAGAGCUUGCAAACCUCAUUCAAGAGUCUAGACGGAAGAAUUCAGAUCUGCGCAGUGCAGCAGAGCAGUCGCUAAAUGAAUUGAAAGCACUACCCUCAACUUCAGAGGCUCAAAUAGCUGCAGAUCUUGUGCGCAAGCCGACCUUUGUUGAGCCAUUCAUUAUCGCAUGCCAUACGCGGCAUGCAAAGCUUGCUGGCAUUGGCGUGAUAUGCCUACAAAGACUCAUUGCGUCAAGGGCACUCCCUUCAUUUCGUUUGAAAGAUGUUCUUACCGGCUUGCGAGAAACGACAAACUUAAGCCUUGAUAUCCAGUUGAAAAUAUUGCAGUCAUUGCCUUCCCUGCUGCAAUACUACUCUAAUGAGCUUAGUGGAAAUUUACUCGCAAACACUCUAGAGAUAUGUGCUACUCUACAAGCAAGUAAAACCAUUGCAGUCAGUAGCACAGCCGCUGCUACUCUUCAACAGCUAGUGGUCUCCACUUUUGAGAGGGUCUCUAGUGAGGACAGGGUGCCAAAUGAUGAAAAAACCACAAAGACUGUCAAGGUGGAUGGCCAGUUUGUUGAAAUUGGACAAUUUGCAUAUGAUGCUUUGCAGGUCUUGGAUGAUCUUUGCCGUCUCAUUGAUGGAGAACAGUUACAAUUUCUCAGGACAAGGACUCUGGCACCGCCCUUCGUCCUCGAACUCAUUGAGGGCAUUAUAACGAACAGUGGCCGCCUCUUUGUAGGCCACCCAGAAUUGUCUCAGGUCUUACGAAUUCGCUUGAUACCUUUGAUUAUUCGAUGUCUGUCUGAGAAGACCUCAUUUUCACAGACAGUUCGAGUCACUAGGAUUCUGCUUGUGCUCUUAAAGCGUCACAUGUCUCUCCUAACCUCGGAAUGCGAGAUGGUUCUUGGGCUUUUGACCCAUUUACUGGAACCAGACGGGACAGCACCCUGGAAGAGAGUGCUUUGCAUGGAACUUUUCCGGGGUCUUUAUUCUGAACCCGGAGUUGUGAGACAAAUAUACUCGCUUUAUGAUGGAGAAGAAGACAGAAAGAACAUUCUUCGAGACCACAUGGCUUCAUUUGUUCGACUGGCUUCCGAGAAACCUUCCCUGAUCGGCGUCAGUAACCAGUCAACAAUUCCACUACGCGCUGACAGUUCCCGGUCUGCUACGGAAGACCAGAUAGCUCUCGAAACUGGUGGCGUCGCGGGUGUUAUUGGGACAUCGGUUCCUCCAACUGAGUUAAGGGUUGCCGGGAUUAGCAGCCAGUGGAGUGUUGUGCGGACACCCUAUAUUGAGCUCCUUGACAAGACAGAGCCAUCGCUUCCGCCCGAGACUUAUAUAUACAGUUUGGUUCUCAACUGUAUUAGCUCUUUUGCCGAAGGACUUGCCAAGUUCAUUCUUCCACUGACGGUGCCGGAUUUGAAACAAAAGCGCAGGAGCCGUCUUGUCAGUAGUCCUGAUCAAGGCCCAGACUCGGCAAGAUCUUCUCAAGAUCUCCAAUUCCUAGAAGCCACGAGAGCUCAGUCGGCUGUAUCGGGGAAGAGGCCGCCAGUCCCAGUAAAUCCGCUGGACCUCCAGUCUCACAUUCAAUUUUCUGCAAUAAAAACAUGCGCAGGCAUUGUUGAGAAUUGCUGGCCUGCGGUGCUUGCAACCUGCUCUACUUUUUUGCAUGCCUCCCUUGAUGAUGAGUUUUACCACAAUCUUGUUCGUGCAUUCCAGAAACUAGCUCAUGUUGCAGGUCUUCUUAGACUGUCAGUGCCACGCGAUGCUUUCCUUACGACACUGGGAAAAGCUGCCAUGCCUGCAACCUCUGGCCGUUCCAAAGCGCAGACCCCUGCAGGACCGGCUGCCGCGGGAGCCCAGGCAAAUGAUGAUUCUUUCAAAAGACGGAAGAGCACCGACGUCUCACGAAUCAAUUCACUGUCUAUGGAGUCCGGCGGCUCAACUGCCGUUGAGGGCGUCACAGCAUCCCUUAGUACCAGAAACCUGCUUUGCCUUCGAGCUUUAAUCAAUCUUGGAAUUGCACUAGGGCCAACAUUAAACCAGCCAGCUUGGUCUAUUCUCCUGGAGACACUGCAGUAUACAGGCCUGGCGAUUGGCAUGUCAUCAAGUGCAAUGGUCAAAUCAGCAAAUGGUGUCGUAGAAACUCCAGGUAACUCGGGAUAUGAUGUUCCUACCGCCAACCUGGGUGCGGAAGUAAUUGCUGUGCAAACAGCAUCUUCUAAGCUCUUCGAAAGUACCAGCGAUUAUCCUAUUGAUUCUUUCCUGGAUAUCCUCCAUGCUUUGUUGAAUCUAACUGCGUUCACCGCGGAGAGUGAAGAGCAAGAGCAAGCUCAAAAGGUGUCUGAUACCCCCAGCUCACCGCAGUCAACAAGACGUUCAGGUCGCCUGCACCAAAAUGCACAAAGGGUAUCACAUACUGUGGGCAAAUUGAGGAUGCAAGAUGAGGAGCUGAAAUUCGUGCUAGAAAAAGGCAAUGAACUUGCUAAAGCUAACCUUGGUCGUUUGUCAUCCUUGGAUGAAGCAGAUGGCAAAGCCUGGCAGUUACUGACCAGUAGUCUCAUCUCAAUAUCCGCAAACAUCACAAUUAGCCCGAAUCUCCGCCUGCAGGCCAGCGGGGUUCUGAACUCAUUAGUGUUUCUGACAAUGAAACCAAAGGACAGUGAUGACGAAGAGAUACAAGAUAAGAUCCAAACAAGGAAUCUUGGGACUCUCAAAGACCAAGUUGCUUCUCUCUAUGAGUCUGAUCUGGUGACGUCCAAGUCUCUUCCAAUCACAGUAGUGGAAAUACAUGAGCAAAGCCUAGAAUCCCUUCAAACCAUUUUGGAGCAGUACGCUGAAACGUUCAAAAAUGGUUGGAAUCUCGCUUUCGAUUUGAUAUCCGGCGUUUUUCAAGCCGUCAAGAAUGUGGAAUGUGGCGACCAGCUUUCCACGACGAACGAACGCAGAUCAUCUGGUCUUCCGUCUGGACCGCGACUAGUUCGCGCUGCCUACAAAUCGCUACAUCUAGUUGCGUCUGACUUCCUUUCUCUUCUCCCCGCACCCUGCCUAUUGAGCCUGGUUGACUUAUUAUCGAGCUUUGCCUCUCAAAAACAAGAUUUCAAUAUUUCACUCACUAGCACAUCCUUUUUCUGGACAAUUUCAGAUUUUCUUCAAGGGCAGAUCGAUGAAUUCUCUAUCGAGAGUCAUGUUGAUGCUUCCGUUAGUGAAGAUGCUCUGAGUGACCUUGCUCGAUCGGAGGAUCUGUCUGUUUCAAGGAAUUCGCUCUGGCUUUUGCUGUUGCUCCGCAAUGUGGACAUCACCACGGACAGCAGAUCGGAAAUUCGGAAUAGUGCCAUCCAUACCCUUCUCAGAAUUUUCGAUGCCUAUGGACGGCAGCUUUCCCCCAAAGCUUGGCGAUUGUGCUUGAACAGAGUGCUCUUUUUGAUGGUGGAGCAGAUUGAAACCACAUUGAAGGAGUCGAAAACUGUGAAGAAUGAUCUCAGAUCUUGGAUUGAUACAACGGUCGUCAUGAUUAAGGGCGUUUGUAACCUGAUCACGACAUUUUUCGAUGCAAUUGUGAGCGAUGAGGAAUUUGACCAGUCUUGGACACGACUCGUGAAACACCUGCAGGCCCUAGUGGGUCUCGAUCAUCUUGAAUUUAGUGAAGCCACCUUUGCCAGCCUAUCUGAUAUUCUUGUCCGGGCAAAGCCGUCGAGUGGGCUGAGCAAAUCUGCACUUCACUGCACCUGGAACCUCUGGGUUGAUGGCCAUCCUGCCGACGACGAAUCCAAAUUGGACCUGACGCGGGCCAAUCAGGAUGCUGCACUGGCCUACCUACACACAUUCCAGCAAGUUUAUCGUCUAUACAAAGACGAUUUGACUAUGGAGCAGAUCGAAAAGGUCUUGCAUCAUCUACGUCUCCUUGCCUGGAACUCGGUUUCUCUGUCAUAUUCCCCAGACAUUGAGCGCCCUUCAGCAGUCCAAGCACUGGUCAUUGAUUGCGUCAAAACUCUUUGCAUGGAGAAGAAAGAAUCACAAGCAGCGAUUCUUCUAUGUGCCGCUGAUUUAUCUGCUUCGGCCAUAUCUAAAUGGAUUCCAGGAAGCGACUCAAGGAGACCUACUUUUGUGGCAUUCUCCAAAAAUGCAACGGAUCUUAUCAGCUGGUAUAUCACAGAGUUCGGUAUCCACCAAGACAUUUUCGCCAAUGGUGCACUGAAAACAACGCUUGAUCGUCUCAGCCUACCAAUUGUGCAGAAAUACACAUGGCAAGGAAAGGACCGCGAGACUUUUCUGUGGCAGAAAGCCACAACCGUACUGUUGAACGUACUUCAAGUCGCAGUCCCCUAUGUGGAAAAGCAAUAUACCGAAGAGAAUGCGUCUGAGAUAGCCCGUUUCUGGCAAUGCGUUGUGACUGCCACUGACGGUAUCGUAUCUGCUCGCGGCUUCCAAAUUCAACAGCUAUCAAAUACACGAAUCCUAACGGAUGAGACCUUCGAUAUUGCUGCAUUUACUCGCUUGAAAACGUUGGUUCUUCCAUCACUUGGCGCGUCUGCGAUUGCAAGCCCUAUUCGCCGUGAAUUUGCCUAUGCCCUCUUCAACUCUUCAUUCAUCUAUCCACCUCAACGGUUAGACUUGCCAGCCACAUCGAACGAGAAGAAUGCUCUUCAAGAUUUCUACAAAAUCCGAACUGGACGCACUUUCGACCCUCCCCCAAACCUGAGACGCAAAAUGGCCUACGCACUAAUUGACACUUUGUUCGAGUUUGCGGAAAAUACAGACUUGGACAAUGCCUCGACUUCUCCGCGGACUUUGCUCGCUCAGUCCGUUUCCCCUUACCUUCUUCUUCGCUGUGGCAUGUCCCUGAAAGCAUACAUCGCCGAUCAACCUCUGCGCGGUCUGAUGCCUCAGCCUACUCUCGCACGCAAGGCCUUGCUUCAUCUCCUGACUCAUAUGGUUAAGCUUAAGAGUGAGCCUUCCGCUUUCCCCGAUCCACCUUCAUUGAGAACCAUUCCUGCAACGAGCAACGGAGAAGAUGACCCGCGUCAUCAUAGCAAGCAUUUGGAGUGGUUAUACCCCCCUGGUUGUUAA